ACGGUCCCGCCGCGCCGAGCACCGGCGGAGCUGCGGGCAGCGCUCCCCGGAGCCAGCGGGGCACGGCCCACGCCCCGCACCCCCAGCCCAGAGCCCGCACCCCAAAUCCCGCAGCCCGUCCUCCUCCUCCUGCCGUGGGUUGUCCCGCUCGCCCGCCGCGCCAGCCGCAUGCCCGUGCCCGAGGCUCCUGGAGCAGCCCCGAUUCCCUGAGCUCCGUGUCCAUCCCGGCGUGUCCGGAGGCGUCCGACCAGCCCGGAGCAGAGCAGGGCAGAGUCCAUGAGGGACCUGCACAAGUCUGACGUGCUGGGGAGCAAGCGCGGCCUGAUGUCAUGGCGGCCGCAGUACCGCAGCUCCAAGUUCCGGAAUGUUUACGGGAAGGUGGCGAGCCGGGAGCGCUGCUUCGAYGGAAUUCCCAUCACCAAGAACGUCCACGACAACCAUUUCUGUGCCGUCAACGCUCGCUUCCUCGCCAUCGUCACAGAGAGCGCCGGCGGCGGCGCCUUCCUCGUCAUCCCGCUGGAGCAGACCGGCCGGAUCGAGCCGAACUAUCCCAAAGUUUGCGGUCACCAGGGCAAUGUGCUGGACAUCAAAUGGAACCCCUUCAUUGAGAACAUCAUCGCCUCGUGCUCCGAGGACACCUCGGUGCGGAUUUGGGAGAUUCCCGAGGGCGGGCUGAAGCGGAACAUGACGGAGGCGGUGCUGGAGCUCUACGGCCACAGCCGCAGGGUGGGACUGCUGGAGUGGCACCCCACCACCAACAACAUCCUGCUCAGCGCCGGCUACGACUACAAGGUGCUGAUCUGGAACCUGGAGGUCGGGGAGCCGGUGAAGAUGCUGGACUGCCAYGGGGAUGUGAUCCUGAGCCUGUCCUUCAACGCUGACGGCAGCCUCCUGGCCACCACCUGCAAGGACAAGAAGCUGCGCGUGGUGGAACCGCGCUCCGGGAGGGUCCUCCAGGAGGCCAGCUGCAAGAACCACCGCGUCAACCGYGUGGUUUUCCUGGGAARCACCAAACGGCUCCUGACCACMGGAGUGUCCCGCUGGAACACCCGGCAGAUCGCCCUCUGGGACCAGGAUGACCUUUCCAUGCCCCUGAUYGAGGAGGAGAUCGAUGGCCUCUCAGGGCUGCUCUUCCCGUUCUACGAUGCYGACACCCACAUGCUCUACCUGGCCGGGAAGGGCGACGGCAACAUCCGGUACUACGAGAUUGGCUCGGAAAAGCCCUAUCUGAGUUAUCUCAUGGAAUUCCGCUCUCCGGCUCCGCAGAAAGGGCUGGGGGUGAUGCCCAAACACGGCCUGGACGUGUCUGCCUGUGAGGUUUUCCGCUUCUACAAACUCGUCACCCUCAAGGGCCUCAUCGAGCCCAUCUCCAUGAUCGUCCCGCGGCGGUCGGACACGUACCAGGAGGACAUUUAUCCCAUGACUCCGGGCACAGAGCCGGCGCUGACUCCGGACGAGUGGCUCAGCGGGGUCAAYAGAGAUCCCAUCCUGAUGUCGCUGAAGGAGGGAUACAAGAGGAAUUCCAAGAUGGUCUUCAAGGCGCCAGUGAGGGAGAAGAAAAGCGUGGUGGUCAAUGGGAUCGACCUCCUGGAGAAUGUCCCACCCCGCACGGAGAAUGAGCUGCUCCGGAUGUUCUUCCGGCAGCAGGACGAGAUCCGGCGGCUGAAGGACGAGCUCUCGCAGAAGGACAUUCGGAUCCGGCAGCUGCAGCUGGAACUAAAGAACUUCCGGAACAGCCCCAAGAGCAACUGAUUCCCGGGGACCUUUUCCAAAGGAACUUCCUUUGUUUCUACUGCGCCCCGAAAUUCCUCGGAUCCGCUCGCCCUGAAGACAAUUCCGGAACCCGCGGCUGCCGAGAGCCCGGAAUCACGUCCUGCGCGUCUUGUCCGGCACUAAUCCCGCUCUAACCCAAUCCCAGGGAAGGAAGGCCCGGAGGCUCCCAGCGAGCCAGAGCCAUGUCCUGUCCAUCGGGAUGAGCCAGCUCGGGGCGGAUUCCCGGGAAAGCGCGAUGCUUCCUCGCUAUUAAUUUCUUUUCCUAUGCAAAAAAAGGGACAGCGGGAGCGGAGCUGGAAGAGGGGUGGGAAGUGGGAAGGGCUUGAUCAUCAAAGGUGGUGUCCAUGUGGGAAUGUGGGAUUCUUCUUGGGGUGGGAAACUGGGAUCCUUCCCACAGUGGGAAUCCAGGAUCCUUUCCCAUGGUGGGAGCUUGGAGCUCUUCCCACGGUGGGAAUCUGAGAUCCUUCCCACAGUGAGAGCCCAGGAUCCAUUCCACAAUGCUUUGCUGUAGUGGGAACCUAGGAUCCUUUCCCAUGAUGGAAUCCUGGGAUCAUUUCUCAUAGUGGAAUCCUGGGAUUAUUCCUGUGGUGGAAUCCUGAGAUCCAUCCCAGAGCCUGUUCCCAAGGCUGGAGCCCAGGACUCUUCCCACAGUAGUAUCCCGGGAUCCUUCCCAUGCACAUGCUCUGAUGUCUUUUCAAAUAACAAAAAAAAACUGGAAUUCCCACCUGGAGAGGGAUUUUUGCUCCUUCUGCCUCUGAAAAGCGGGAUUCUCCCUCUUCCUGCCCACUGGGACACGGCUGUGGAGCAGGGGGAAGGAUAUCCCUGGGCAGUGUGGCCCCAGGGAUGGAUCCCAAGGGAUGGACGGACCCGGAGCACUCGGUGGGCUCAGCACGUCGGACAAUCCCAGGACUGACGGAAUUUGCCCGGAGCGCAGGGAACRACACCGAAUCCUGCUGGUUUUCCUAGAGAUCCCUGUUUUCACUCAACCCCAAUCGCUGGCGUUCCCGGCAUUCCCGGCACGGGUCCGACCCCUCCGUGUCCCGCCUUCGUUCCCGGCGUUCCUGGCAUUCCCCGCUGCGUUCCAUGUGCUGUCUUUGCCGAUURUUUAUGCUUCCACGGGAUAGUGAUGGAAUAAAAUCUUUUCAGGAU